AUGCUUCCACACAAAGUAGCUGUUAAUAUGAUUCUUGUGCUGAUUAUAUCAUCUACUGGUGAAUCUUAUCGGCAUUUGAAAGCUGGAGGUAAAUAUGUGCAAUCCAAACAAAAGGUUGUAGACUCACUCAGUUACCAAAUUCCAUUAGCUCGUAUCAGAAACUCAUAAGAACUCAAAGAUCUCCUGCUGUGUUUUCCCGCUCAGUACCAAGACUGAUGACUUUUAAUCCUUAAAUGACGUACUUUACCAUUGGCUGACUCCAUUUUUUAGCUUUUAAACACCACGAAUGGACGAACCACAGGAGUGGCGUUAGGCCUAGACACAAAAAGCUGGAUUUUUUUUAAAAUUAGGAUUCUUAGAGCAUCAGAAGAUUUUUAAACUAUUGGGGAUUUUUAGAUUAUUUUGAAAAAAAAAUGGUUCUAUUUUCUUUGCCUCUUUAUUUAAUUUCCUAUGAAAUGAUAAGUUUGUCCCAUUGUUUACUAAUUGGUGACUCCUAGAAUGCAAUCCAAUCGUGCAGCGGUGUUUCCUUUUUCUAAAGCAUCCCGUCAUUCCACUCGGCACUCAUCUGCUGGAACCGACAUUGAGUGCCUUUUGUUUGAUAAAAGCGCUAUCAAAAAAGCGUACAAAAUGUGUAUGCCGUUUUCUUUUCUUAAACGGAGAUCUGAGGUUUCAUUAAAAAAUAUUGUGAGAUAAAUAGAAAUUUUUGGAAAAUUUUGGGAUAUUUUGGGAUUUUUAGAAACUUUUUGGGAUAUUUAUAGAUUUUUGGAGGCAUUUAAUUUUAGGGAAAAAGCUGGGCGAAUUUGCAAAUAGAGUUUUUAGAGCAUUUUUUGGGAUAUUCCAGCUCUAGCACGUUCUCAAGCUAAAUAAAGCAAGGAUUUUUUAAAGUUUUUUACGCGGAUUUUAGCGAGUCGGUGAGGGUCAAGUUUACUGACUAACGGUUAAAUAUGUCGAUUUUUACGCCUUAAGACUAAAUUUUUGGCGUUUUAUCACCAGUGGAUAUAAUAUCCUCAUCGAGACCCUCUACAAAUUGAUAUCAAUUAGCUCAAUCAUCACUAGUUCGUCUAAACCUAUUAUCAGCUUUUAGAAUUAUCUCAACGGAUUAAGUGCCUGAAGUCCAAGUAUGUUGUUUGCAAGGCAAAAUUAGUAGAAUCGAGUCACUUAAAAGUUGCAAACACUUUUCAGGCAAUAUUUCUGGGUUUUGCUUGAUAUUUCAAUGUCACAUACUAGCCUGUCAUUACUCUACAAUGCCUUAGAGCACAUGCAAAGAGUAUGAGGAUGUUUAUACCUAGAAAAGUGCUUUUUUUUACCAAAUGAGCUCGCCGAUAAAGAACCUGCAUGUAUGAGAGAAUCGUAAGAGACAUUUCACUGAUCUUUAACGAAAUUAGAGUUGAUCCUUUGUGAUUUGUGUAAAAUUAAUUAACCUCUGUAAUUAUUACACAGCGAUUUGCCCUGAUGGAAAUUUUUGCGCAGGAAGAUGCUGUCCAUGGAGAGCGAGUCCUACUGGGUGGGGCUGUUGUGGUUAUACGAAUGGUCGUUGUUGCUAUCAUAACAUGGAUGGAAUGUGCUGUCCAAACCAUUGGAGGUGUCGUACUUUUUUCUUUCCCGCUUUUUAAAAAUAUUUUGAAUCAACCUGAAGUUUGUAUUUAUUAUUUCUAUAAGUUAGUUAGUUUUAAGGUCUCACCAGGCCAAAUACAGAAAUAAAAAAGUUUUAUCAGCCGUAAAGCAAGACUGAGUAAAAUUCGAUUGAGGCCCCAUUUGAACAAGCUUUAUGGAUAAAGUUAUUUUAUUGACUGAAAACUUGCUUGUUAUUAUUCAUACCUUAAAAUGACACUGUUCAUAUCAAGGAACAUUUUAGGUGCCCCCUCCCCCCUCUUUGUGACCCUAUCAUCAGUUUGCAGAGUCCCCUCCCCCCACCCACUACAAAAACACGUUUUGAAAAUUUCAGCCCCACCCCCUCUAAAUAUAUUCCUGCCCACCCUUUCCAUAUUAACUGAACUUUUCCUAAUCAGUAUGUCUGAAAAAGAAAUUCUCGGAAUAAUGUCAGUAACCGAGAUCUAGUAACUUCGCCUCCAUCCCCAAAUAACUGCAGAGGUACAAAAAUUGAACAGCACAUAAAACUCAGAAUUCCCUUGGUCGUCAUGUUUAAAUAGCUUAUGCAACGAGGCUUUUCUUUAUUUUUUCAAAAACAGUUUUUGCGUAAUUAUUUCGAAUUAUGUGAAUGGAGUCGAAGCAAGUAUAUGACAAUUAUUGGAUGUCAAUAUACAACUGCAUUGCCUUAUAUAUGCUAUAAAUUGUUUUCUUUUCUUUCUAAUUCUACAGAUGCGAACCACCACAUAGUUGUGUCAGGCUUGGCAACGAACUUGGGAGAGUUUAGCGCGCCAAAGAUGUAG